GGCAGUGGUUCUGAACGCAAUAUCUCGGCCGUUAAUGAACUUAGAACUUCCCUUAGAACUGAAAGGUCCUACUACCAUGCCUGAUCCUGGCUGGCUGUUACUUGUCACCAACUUUAAGUUUUAACCGGUUAAGUGUGCAAAAACCGACUACGUUUCGAUAGAAGUGCGAGAAACUUUUCUCAUACACCGCAACCGGCGCUAUAAAAUAGCAUCCCUUAACCGGCCCGACAUUAUCCUUCGGAAAGUGGUGUAACAGCUGAGAAAGUUUCUUUGGACUGCGACGUGUUUUCGGGAAUAUUGUGAAGUUUUUACGAUGAAUUGAUGUAAAAUAUAUGAAUGUAGUGGUUCCGCUCGUGAUCCUAAUAUUCCGAAAAAUCUCGACAAGGUUCAGUGAAAAGUACAAAGGAUUCGUAAUAUAAAGCAGCGAAUUUAUUCGACUGAAUCCCAGUACGAUUUGUGUAUACGAGUACCUAGACGCUAGUUCCAUAUUACCCUCAAGGAAAUUGUCGAAGUUAUAAAGUUAUGUACGUAUGUGUUCCACCCGAAGCGAAGCGAAUACACACCCGGCACGGAUAGUAGGCCAGCAGCAAGGAUAAUUGCACGAAACAAUAUCCAUAAUUGGAAUUCCUGCAACACAGGGAAACAAUGCGAAAUAAACGUGGCGUGGAAAUGGGAAAAUGUUUUGCAACUUUCCAACGUUUGAAUGCUUUUAGUGGAAAUGAGUGUAAGUGCAUUCAGCAUUCAUCGAUAAAUGUUUAGAAGAGAUGGAUAAACUUCUGUGGUCGUGGUGGUCAUGGCUGUGGAACGACCAAUCGACAACGACUUCACCGACCACUACAACCACUGCGUUGCCUACUUUAAAGAGCAUCAGGAAUUUCACGAGUACCGCCGUGACAGGCAUCCAUCCAACGAUACCAACCACCGAAGUCGUAGAUAAAAUCACGCAGCGUACGGACUCCGUGGUGGCGGGGUUUUCGUCAACGGUCGCCAGCACACCAUUCACCAUUAUCAACAAAACUGUAAAUACUCUUCGAAAACUAUCAGAAGGCGGAUCACCACCCACAUCCACGCCUGCUUCCUCGAUACUUUUAACGCCUGCUGCUCACCACCCUCCACCAGCCCAUUCAUCAUUCUUCGCGACAUCAACGACUGAUCCAUCAACGCUCUCUGUAUCGAUCAAUCACCAACAAGUACAAACCAUCCAGCAGAAUUCCACGGCAUCGCUGCCAUUGUCUUCGGCAUUUUCCACAUUUUCCACGUUUUUAGAAUAUGACACAAGCAAUUCAUACGGGUCUAGUGCAGAUUAUUUUGGUAAUUUUUCAAUAUCUUCGGUGUCGCCAUCGUCGACCACCAGCAAUUUCACCGAUGACCUAUCGGACGUAACGAUUAGCAGCGGUGGAGUGUUUAGUGGUGGAAUUGGUGGAAUCGUUGGUGAUGAGUUCCUAUCCGAAUUGUGGAAUUGUAGUGUUUUGAGUGGUUGUUGUACGAAGUCAGCGACGAAUGGCAGCGUGAUUGCAUUUUUCCAGAAUGGAACCGGGAAUUGUACGGAGAGUGGGACUCCAGAAAUCGAAACAACACUUCAUUUGCUUGUCGUGUUAUCAACAGCAAUUAUCCUAGGAAUCAUCAUUUUGGCUACUGUUAUAGGAAACGUUUUUGUGAUAGCAGCCAUACUCCUUGAGCGCAAUCUACAAAGUGUUGCCAACUACUUAAUAUUAUCGUUAGCUGUAGCGGAUUUAUUAGUUGCAUGUUUGGUGAUGCCGCUAAGUGCGGUGUAUGAGGUUUCAAAAGAGUGGAAAUUGGGACCAGAGCUGUGUGACAUGUGGACAUCAUGCGAUGUGUUAUGUUGUACCGCAUCCAUUUUACAUUUAGUUGCAAUAGCAUUAGAUAGAUAUUGGGCUGUAACGAAUAUCGACUAUAUCCACCAGAGGACAGCACGCCGUAUCGGCGUGAUGAUACUUGUAAUCUGGGCCUUAUCCUGUCUCGUUUCGAUAGCGCCAUUAUUAGGAUGGAAAGAUUCCAAAUGGGACGAACGUGUAUCGAAGGACUUCCAAUGUAUUGUAUCGCAAGAUAUAGGAUAUCAGAUAUUUGCGACGGCAUCUAGUUUCUACGUUCCACUGCUGGUUAUACUGGUCCUCUACUGGCGAAUAUUUCAGACGGCACGUAAGAGAAUUCGACGAAGACAGCAGGGUAAAUCCAUAGUUCAUUUAAUGCCAAAAGCAUUUGCUGCUCAGACCCAUCCUGAACCCCUGGCAAAGUCUUCCUGUUUGGCACUAACGGCCAUUGGUUUCCGAUGGAAGGUGACUGCAACUCCACCAUCAUCCGGAGGCGGCCUGAUAGCGACAGCAGCAGGAGGAUCGGGAGGUAUUGCGGCGGCCGUUGUUACUGUGAUUGGGAGACCACUACCGACAAUCAGCGAGACUACAACCGCUUUCACCAACAUCUCAUCAACACACACCAGUCCCGAGAAGGGUAGCUACGGGAAUGGGGUUGAUCGUGUCGAAAACGAUCCCCCCACCGCGGAUAUUUCUACAUACGGUACAACGGGGACAACACCAAACUUUCGACCAACCAUCACGCGUAAGAAAACCCAAACGUCUGUAGAUUCGAAACGUGAACGCAAAGCUGCCAAAACGCUCGCCAUCAUAACCGGGGCGUUCGUAUGCUGUUGGCUGCCAUUUUUUAUAUUAGCCAUUUUAUUGCCCACUUGUCAAUGCGAAAUAUCACCACUUGCCAUGAGCCUGUCCCUCUGGCUCGGUUACUUCAAUUCAACGCUUAAUCCGAUCAUUUAUACAAUUUUUAGUCCGGAAUUUCGACAUGCGUUCAAGCGGAUCCUUUGCGGACGACGCAACAGCAUACGAAGGCGUACGCGUUGUGUGCGUCGUUAGCAGGAAAGCAAAAGUGAUGAGCUUGAGAUGAGUAAAUUUUAAAUUUUCAAUGAAUAAAAUGUGAAACACAAUCGAUAAAUAUUCAUCAAGACAGCUUAUCACUCAUUCACCAUCCUUUACUCUACAGACGCUUUCAUUUUGAAUCGAUUAACACCUAGAGACACAACAAUCAUCUCACUUGCGAAGUCCCUUUUAAGGACGAAAACGGUAGUAGUGUAAUAAUGCGACUUGCGAACGCCGGGUAGCAUAUUCGAUGAAUAAUUCAUUGAUUCAUGACCUGUUUCAUAUCAAAUUUUAAUUAAGUACAUUUUUGUAGCAUUUUUUCUCACUCUUUCAUAAAGUUACGACUUUUCAGCCUUUUUUGGUAGAUAUAGAUUGCAUUCUGUUUCAGAUCAGCCGAUAAAUCUGCAUGAAGUAUUCCCAACAUCUUUUUAGUGAAUCAGAUGGUAUACCUUCAUGAAUUAUCUUACAGUAGCUUUUUGUAUUCCUCAACCUAAAAUUUUGAAAUGUGAAAACUGAAAAAUUAAGUAAGAGGCUUCCUUAAUUGCGGACUAAUUCUCACGUAUGGAGCUUCUAGUGGAUCGGACUCUUUAGGUCAGUAUCUCAGUGAAUCAAGUCAUCCUUAUA